AUAAUUUGAGAUACAGCGAGAAGGAUUAAUAGGGAAAAUGGAAGCUUCUCUUUCCGGUCCAUUUCUUGCUAUGAAUUCCUCCUUCUUGUUUCUCCUUUCGGCCUCCAACAAUGCACAAUUCCUUGCUUUAAUUUUAUUCCCCACUUUCGAUCUCUCGCUCACUCAAUCUCCGUCUUCCCUGAUUUCAAUCAACUCUUUUCUUACGCUCAAAUCCACUUGCGAUGCCAUCACUGUUGCCUUUUCUGGGCUAUUCAUUCUUUUUUCAACGAACACAACGUGAAGAAUGCAAAAAACAGUCGCUUUUCGUUUAAAUACAUUUAUAGAAGCACUAACUCAGUAUUAAGGGGAUGACAGCCUUUUGGUAGCCCACUGGCUGCAUGGGAGGCUUCUUGCACUUGUUCGACUUCAAUCAGGGGAACAUGGCCAGGAAAGCUCGUAAGCAGAAGAGACAUGUUGGGGGCCUUGAAGCUCCUCAGAAUAGCCUGGAUUGUGCUAUAGGAGAUGUAACGUACUCCAAUCAAAUUGAAGAAUGGUCUGAAAAGAAUCGUUAUCCAAUUGAGGCUUCAAUGAAGAAAUUGAUAAAUGAGGAAGUAUCCAAACAAUCAAACACCAGACAAAAGGCCCCAAGCAUUGUGGCACGGUUGAUGGGAGUGGACACAUUCCCAUUAGAUACAAAUUCUGCAGUUCAACCAAUCGCCAAAAAGAAUGAAAACAUGGGAUUAAAGUUUUCUAAGAAUGAAAGGAGUAGAAAGAGCACAGUUGGUCUCAUCUCUCGUGACUCAAAUUCUCCCACGCUGAUGGAAUUUAACCUAUCUCACCAUAUUAAAGACAGAAGUGCUGAUAGAUGGAGCAGCAAGCAAAAUUUAGGAAACCCUAGGCGUCGAGAACAUCCUCAGGAGGAGGAACUACAGAAGUUCAAGAAAGAAUUUGAAACAUGGCAAGCAGCCAGGUUUAAGGAAUGUUCGAGGGUUAUUGGACUUGAUUGCACCCGUGGACAGUUGCUUGCUCAAGAGGACCUGAACAAAGAAAAGGCACUUUAUGCAACUUCUGGGAGAACAGCAAAUGAGAGGCCCAGAGAGCCUGAGAAUCAUACAUUAAAGGCAAGGUCAUGUGAAAGAGGCAAUUUUGAGCAACACGGAGACAGCAUGGAAUUAUUUGCAUCUGAGCAAAAGGAAUCACUUGCUUUGAGAAGCAGGACCGUAAGUAGAGAAUUUGAGCAGUCCUCCCUCAUGAGUUCCAGUCAGAAACAGGAGAAAUCUUCUGCUCCCACGAAGAUAGUGAUCUUGAAGCCUGGUCUGGCGAGGAUUUCUAACCAUGAAGAGUCUCGGACCAGUUCCUUGGACACUUUAGAGGAGAGAGGUAGCAUAGAAGAUUUUCUUGAGGAGGUCAAGGAACGGUUGAAAUGUGAACUGCAAGGGCACACUCCUAAGAGGGGUUCUGUGGGCCGAGGCAGUGGAAUUGAGACCCCUUUCAGCGAAAAACCAUCAGAUCAGAAACUGAUCACACGGCAUGUAGCGAAACAAGUCCGUGAUGGUGUGACUAAGGAUCAUGGAAGAAAUUUGCUCCGAUCAGAAUCAACAAGGUCAUAUAGAAGUGAAAUUCAGCUCAAUGGACCAGGUUCCUUGGAUUUCAUCAGUAGAGAUACUAGAAAUUUCUUGUCAGAGAGAUUAAGUAAUGUUCUCAAGCAAGAAACACAGUUUGACAUUCCUAUUGCUGCCUCUUCAUCAUCUGCCCUGGAUAAUGAAAAGGUAAAACUAAAAAAAGUUAGAGAUACAUUGAAAGCUGGAAAUGAAAUGAGCUGCGGGGAAAUUGUGAAUGAUGAACAAGAAAUUCAAACCAGAUCUUUUAGGCAUGGGUCAGAUGAUGGAGUGCUCCUCAGAGAGUUGUCCCCCAGAAAUCUCAUCAGGUCCUUGUCAGCCCCAGUAUCGGGAACAUCAUUUGGGAAGCUUCUUCUGGAAGAUCGUCACAUUUUGACUGGUGCCCACAUCCGGAGAAAGCAUGAAGCCAUCGAAAAUGCAAUGGUGGACAUUAGAAAACAGAGAAAAGAAAGGUUUAAUUUUAAAGAGAGAGUUUCCAAUUUCAGAUACAGGUUCACUUUUAGAAGAAGGCUGUUUGGAAAAAGGAUGCAAUCAAUGGUGGAAUCACGUUGCAGUGAACACACUCUUAUGGGUGAUAUCAUGAGUGGACCAACAGUUCUUAUGAACCAUGGCGACAGGCAUGAGAACUCCACUGAGGUGCCUCCUAGCCCUGCAUCUGUGUGCAGCAGUUCUCUAGAAGAUUUCUGGAGGCCAACUGAACAUAUCAGCUCAAUGUCAACACUGGAUAUAACUCCAGCAGAAGAUGAUGUUGUGCCACAAGUUUUUAUGGGGAUCAGCUCCAACCUUAAUGAUCUGCGGAAGCAACUGAAUCAACUUAAGUCUCAUGGGCCUGAGGACGCAACAAUUGAACAGGAGUCCAAUGAGUCUGAAAUGGUUGAUCUGGAGGACCCAGCAGAAGCUUAUGUUAGGGAUCUGCUCGUUUCUUCUGGCUUGUAUGAUGGAUCAUGUGAUAGAUCUUUAUUUAGGUGGGACACAUUUGCACAGCCUAUCAGCACCUGUGUCUUUGAAGAAGUGGAAGAAUCUUAUAGAGAUUUGGCCAAGGAGGAUGGAAGUCCAAUGAAGGAUCACAAUGAGAAGGUAGAUCACAAGAUGCUAUUUGAUUUGUUAAAUGAAGCACUUUCAACUAGUCUUGGACCAAUUUCGACCAUGUCCAGAUUCAAAAGAAAAAUUAUUCAUUUCUCUAUCCUUCCAACUUUACAUGGAAGGAGGUUAUUGGAUCAUGUUUGGGAGAUCAUCCAUGUGCAUUUACAACCUCUGAUUGACAAAUCAUAUUGCUCGCUUGAUGUUUUGGUGGCUCGGGAUCUGGGAUCAACCCCUUGUUUUGUAUUUACAGAUGAAGAGGUCAGUGAUUUGGGAAGAGAGGUGGAGUGUCUAAUAAUUGGAGAUUUGGUUGAGGAAAUUGUGAAAGACAUGCAAUUACGAGGAUGAGAGCUUUAACCUUCCUUGGUUUGAUCAUUUUGUGGUCGGGAAUGUAUAUUUGGAAUUAUAAUAUAGACAUGCAUACAUGGAUGCCAAAAAGGUUUCCAUGUCUGCGUGCGCCUGUAUAUAUGUUCUUUGUCCGUGUUCAUAGUGUAGAAUUGGGUCGAGUCAAUACUAUAGAUUACACGGCUUGUGCUUCUUCUAGUAUUAUUGUUUAAACAAAAAGUGGAAAUCAACAUUCUAUAUACAAGUGGUUUAAUUAAAA